GCGGAGGCAGAAGUAGAGGGCAAUGGCGGGUCGGGUGGUUCUUGCGGCCGUUCUUCUGAUGAUCGCUGCAGUUCACGCAAGCGCGCAGACUCCGACUGAGGUGACUAUCGGGUAUGUCACCUACGCAGGCUCCGGCUGCAAUUACCAGAACACCAACUACGUGCUGUCGAACGACUACAAGACGGUCACCUUCAUGUUCGGCGGGAUGGUUGCGACCACGGACGGGUCGCUCGCGGACAAGAGGAAGCAUUGCCAGAUGUCGUUCUCUAUGAACUACCCGGAUGGCUGGAGCGUCUCCAUCGGCCAGGCGACGGGCCGCGGGUUCGCUGACAUCGCAAAGCGCUCCGAGGGCAUCUACGAGACACACUACUACUAUUCCGGACAAACGGGCACCGCAAUGAUCGAGCGCAAAAUCAAAGGCCCAAAGGUUGGCAGCUUCGAGUUCACGGACGACUUCUUGACGUUUGUCUGGAGCGAGUGCAACAACGCGCCCAACCUGAACAUCAAGACGGUGGUGAGAGUGGAGGGCGAGAAGGCUGUGAUGGCGCUUGACUCCCAGGAUACCAAGUUCCAGCUCAUCUUCAACCUCCAAUGGAGGCAUUUUGAUGAAAUGCUCCACAUGCAUCUGGGGGAUGAAGGAAUCACGGAAGUCGACGACCAAUCGUCUAAUGACGAGGAGGAAGAGAGAGACUAUGAUCAAGAACCUUGUAACAGGCUCCCUGUGGACCAUGACACCUGGCAGAAUGACAGACUCUACUUCUUCGGCAAGCAUCACCGGUUCACGUCGGAGGAUGUCUGGGGACACAACGUCGUCACUCACCCAAGGAUAUUCCAACCUGCUGUGAGGAAUGAAAUAUGGGUCAUGGCAAUAAAGGAGGCCGAUGGCAAGUGGAGUGGACUGAAGAGACUGGGAGCGGGUGCAUUUAAGAGGAAGGCAAAAACUGCUCUGGUGGAGCAUUUGAGUCUCAUGAACCCCGAGAGGAACGAUCAAGACGUCGAUGCGUAUGCAGAACAAAAGCUACAUGAGUUGACCGCCAACAACAUGUUGGAGUUUCGAGCGCCUUUCUACGCACUCGGAACAACACCGUCUCGUGGCAUUGACUGGCUCAUGUCGCAACCUCCGCCGACCGGUCAGCAUCCGGGAGGGGGUAGUGGAGGAGACGAAGGAGACGGCAGAGGUGGCGGAGGAGACGGCUCACAGUUUAACGGAAAGGGGACGGGCGAGACAUCGUCGGUUGAGAAGGCGUCCGGCCGAAAGGGGUCGGGCGGAAAGGGGUCGGGCGGGAAGGGGUCAGGCGGAAAGCGUAGAACGUCCGGGAGUCCCCAGUAUAUGGAAACUGACCCCCACUGCGUAGGGAGUCGAGAUUCCGACAUGCAAGACGAGGCCACCCUGACGUCUGAUCAAGUGCGAGUAGAUUCGCACUUGUCUGCGAGGAGUUUGUUUCCCGUUGCCCAGGAGAGUCCAUCCCACCGUGCGCAACAGAGGUCUCCUGUGCUCAACACCUUGCUCCACGUCUUCGUUUUGCCUGGAGGGCGGGAUGCCUGCAUUGCGAAGGAGCGAAGGUGCGACCUCCGGUUCCCUCAGCUCGGGCGACCGCCACAAACUCCGAAUACAUUCGGAUUUGCUGACUUGGACACAGGGUUGCCCUGCUCGCCUCCUUUCUCAUGUGUUGAGACUCGAGACUGGCGGUCUCGCGAGGUGCUGGAGGGGCCCGCUCCAGGAGUGUUGGAGACCGGGGGUAGUGAGAACGAACAUCACACUCCUAGUGAAGACGAACACUCUCUAGGAACGCGUGCUGCACAUCGGGAAAAGGAGACUCAACGCUGGCAGUCUCGCAAAGUGUUGGAGACCGGGGGUAGCGAGUGUGAACGUCAUGCUUCGGAGGGUGCGUCCGUAGACACUGACAGCGAGAGUGCAAGAGCUCCAGGGGAAACGCAUGUUGUACAAUGGGGAGAGGAGACUCGACACGGGCCGGCUCGUGAAGACGUGAAGUGGCUCCACGCACGAGCGCUGAUGAUCGGGACGUGCGAAGAGGUUCUGCACAUUCGCUCGGCUGUGGCCACGACUCGAGAGGGUGUCGUUAAGGGAGGUCAGUGGACGUCCGUGCAAGCUCCCGUUCUUGGCGACGAUGAAGACGAAGAAGAACCCGCGGUGGAAGCUCGGGUUCAUGGCGAAGGAGAACCCGUGGUGGAAUACGGUGAGGUGACUGUCGACAUCCGGACGGAUCCACAGCGGAAAAAUGGUGAUUCUUCCCCCACCCGUUGCGGGGAAGAACAGGGUGGUCGAGCGUCUGUCCUGAGCACCGCUUGGGGAAUGGUGCUUCAUGAAGCCAUAGAGUUGGGUGACGACUCGACUGUCACCGAGCUGGUUAGCGCCUCACGCGUUGCUGAGAUGCAGAACGUCGAAUCCUCCGUGGAAGGCGGUGAGGUGGUCGGUGAUCGAGCAUCUGUCCUCGGUACCGGUCGGGAAAUGGUGCUUCAUGAAGCCAUCGACUUGCCAAGCGACUCAGCUGCCACCGAGCUGGUUAGCGACACAGUCGUGGCGGAGGUUCAGAUCCUCGAAUCGUCCGUGGACAUUGGCGCAGUGGCGCGACAGGAGGGCGAGUUCCCUCAAAGGGCUCCCGAGCACGACCUGUACCGCAGGCUGCCUUUGCUGCUGCUCAUCGCUCUGCUGCUGCUCAUCGUUGUCGUCUUCCACAUAUUUUUUCUCGGUCGCGUUCCUGGAAGGAAACAGACGCUUCGAACGGCGAAGAGGGCGACAAAGAUGGAUAAGCUUCAAACGAAGACGAUGCUGUCGGUGGGAGGCGGGGGGUCCUCGCGUCAGCGUUGCAACAGUGCGGAAGGCGGCACGCGGCCGUACGGCCCGAUGCUGUACAGCCACCUGCCGUCCCACGAGAUUCCAUUGCCUCCGAGUGACGACGACGUCGACGACCCUAGAUCCUCAACGGUUCUUCUGGGCAGCGGUUCGACGCAGGAUUGGAUGGGGAGCCAGGUGUACAGACAUGCAUCGACGCCGACGUACACUGAUUUGCUGGAGGGCCGGACGCCCGCUGGUUACGACGCUGGACUCGUCGAUCUGAGCUUCGGUCUAAGGUCUGAAAAUGGCGAGGGCUUGACGCACACUGUUCUUGUUAACCCGGCUUCUGCCUCGAAACACACAUCGCCUUCCGUGACGGCGGUUGGCCCUGCGGAUAGUCGUGGAUUCGUUUCGCCGAGGCGGGUGGCUUUGAGUACAGCAAGUGUGGCAGCGUCGAAGACGAAGACAGUCGGAUUGGCAGGCUGCCGAACGACGACGGCAGGUGGUGCAAUCGACGGAGAAGGGUACGACGACGAGCGCGACGCCACGAAGGUCGUCGGUCAUCAAUUUUGGGAUGAUGAAUGGCAACGAUUGCGUUCCACGAACACGGCUAGCAUAACGAGAGGGUUGGCGAGAAUUAGUGUGGGGGCCGGAGAAGAAUUUCAAGACUGCGCUGGUGGAGGGGGCGAGGAGAUCGCUGCAGACGACGGCGGUGAUGACAACGACGAAGACGACGACGGCGAGAUGGAGAUUCGUCCAGUAGGGAGGAAGCGCGGAGGGUCGACGGCGAGAACCAAGAUGGGGGUGACGAGUAGGAAGGUCGUCGACUGCGGCAAGAAAUGGGACAACCUGUACCAGCAGUUCAAAUCCGUGCACAAGUUCAUGGGAAAGUCCGGCAAGCCUAACUUCUUCACACUUAGGCCAGGGGAGAGGAGGGAGCGGGGGUUCGACUUUAGGAUGGAUGAGCGCGUGUAUUCGGAGAUGAAGGCGAUGUUCGGGGGCGGUCACACUAUACACCCCACGAAUCUCGCGGACACGGGUGCGCCGAGAGGUGUUCAAUUGUCUGGCAUGGUUGGUGGACGAAACGAUUCCGGCGGUGGCGGUGGCGGGGCCGGCAAACGAAAGAAUGUCAGACAGCAGACCUUCGAGGCAGUGGCGGACGUCAUGAAGGAGCACGGGGCGCUGAUGUCGACGACGGUGGACAAUGCGAGCAAGAGGCAGUGCUCGAUUCUGAUGAGGCAAUGCGACAUUCUGGAGAGAGAGAUACAAGUGCAGAAGGAUCAGUACGAGAAGGCUGACGAGGCGAACUUCUUGAUGUGCAACGCCCUCAUGGAGAUUGCUAAAGCAAUCUGCGAAUGAGCUUGACGUGGGCCGACCAGGCAUGUCGAACGUCCGGAGGCAUGGCCUGUAUGCGCUUCCGGCACGUUGCCUUUUCCGUCG